AAGAAAAGAGGAGGCGCACAGGGAGUAUGGGUGCCUCAACUCUCCACCCACGAGGUUCACCCACGAGAAGGAGAGGGAAAUCAUGAAGCCUUCCAAGACCUUCAUGAGAGAGCCGCCUGUCACACCAGGCUACAGUGGCUUUGUGCCGUACCUCAGCUGCCAGGAAAGCUCCAGCCAGGACAACAUGGACUACUGUAUGAAAGCCUUCCAGGAGAAAACGCAGCGCCUUAAAGAAGACAUGGAUCGAUUUCGCUACUCGGUGGCCACCAGUCAGAAACUGAAGCCCGUCUCUUCGGAGGAGACGGUCCUGCGGUCACUGCAUGAUUAUGCCCGGCUCUAUCACCCCAUGACUCUAGAUUACCAGUAUUUGAAGAAACCUCUCCACGAGCCCCCCAUCCCUGGCUGGGCGGGGUAUCUACCUAGAGCCAAAGUCACUGAAAUUGGCUGUGCCACAAGGUAUACCGUCAUGGCAAAACAGUGCUACGAGGAUUUUCUGGAUAUCAUAGAGCGGGAUGCAAAGGCAAAACAGAAGACUUAUGAGGAAAUGCGUAAGGUCAUCACUGAAGUGCCUCCUAAUCCGCUAGAUGUUCAGCAGGAGGACCAGCUGCCACCGCUGUGCGCAGAUCUCAUCCUUUCUGGAGAAACCUGCCCUUCCCAUGGGAGAUCCCUGAGUAAGAACCCCAGAGUUCCAACAGGUGACUGUGCUAAGUGGCCCAAUGUGACCUGCCACAAGAAGGUGAAGACCGACACAGAGGGUUAGAAGGGUGCAGCCUCCGGGGAGAGGUGGAUCUCAGCAGGCCCAGAGGCCUGCCAUGCUAGUAGCAGAAUCAGCCCACACCCACUCCCUAGAGGGCAAAAAGGGAAUUGAGGGACAAGUGUACUUGAACUCCUGUCUGUGCUGUUGGUAAGAACAUGCCGUUAGUGAUGGAGAUUUUUGUGAUCAUGAUGGAA